CGACGAUCGCGUCGUUUCGAGCGCCAGCGGGACUCGCGCGCCGUCUGUGCAUCCAUGGGAGCGGCAGAAGGGCGGCUGGUGGCUGACGGAGAGAGCAUCGAAGCCAAACGUGACCAUGUCGAGGGCGUGCUGCUGAGCGUCAAGGAGCGCCUGCAGCUGAGCCCCUACUUUGUGGAUCAGGCGCUCUUACACAUCAAGACGUAAGCAGAACCAACACACAGACGAACGCCGGCAAUUCAUGGCACAUGGACGGCUAUUCGUCGCGCUGCUUGCUGUCUGUCUGUCUGUGUCAGUUUCCGUAGCCGUGGGAUGCUCGAUAAAUUUGAGAAGCUGCUGAUGGAUAUGGUGGGCGAUGACAAUGCGCCGGCAGAGCUGUCUGAGGACGAACGUCUGGCGCGUGUCCAUCGAUUCUGGAGUAAAGCAUGCUUCCGGUGCGCGCAGAUCACCAAGGGGGUGUCACCAGCAGCCGGUGGGGCAUCGGAUGAGGGAGAGGAAAUCAGCACAUUCGAGCGCAGGAAGGAGGAGCUGCAAAGGUCGGUGCGUCGGUGGGUGGGGAAGCGCAGGAAAGCCUCAGGCUGCAUCCAUGGCUUCAUGGAUGGAUGGAUUGGAUGGAUGUGUGUGCCAUGCAUUUUUCAGGUCGGUGGUGAGUGUCCUUGACGAGCUCGACUUGCCGCGUGCCAGUGACAUCGUCUUCUCCCAAGUGGAGGACAGCAUCGACUCGAUGGAGGCCAUCGAUCGCACUGAGGGGGCGCUGGCGGCACUGAGGGAGAGGGCAGCCGAGGAUGGGUCAGAGAUGAACCGUGCCGUCGCACUGACCCUCUUCCUUGCCGCCGUUGCAGGGCGGGACGUGUGAUGCCAGGCCGGGUGAACGCUUCACAGGUUCUGUCUGUACGUCUGUAUGUGUACAUACACGCUGUGCUGGGAUGUGUGAUUUUGUGUUUGGG